AUGGAAUCUCAGACACAGCGUAAGACGCGUAUCUUCGAUGAGAACGACCCAGCUGUUAUAGCUGCAGGUGGCCGUCAUAGGAAAGGAGCCUCUACUGCUAGUAUCAAGUCUACUGCCAGUACCCGGCAACGAACAAGUCAAACUGCUAAGCGCGUUGCACUUGUCGAUUCCACAAGGCAUGAGGCACCCGUCACUAGCAAUGCUCCCAGCCGUACUUCAAAGGGAAGUGUGAGCCAGCCAGCUGCUCGUGGCAGGCAUGUCGCUACUAAGAGUAACGCUUCGCUUGCAACCGGUGCUAAGUCCACCAAGCAACCCGGCAGCCAACAAUCAGGCAGUCAGCAAUUUGCAACGACUUCCAUCAAGUCGACAAUCUAUCGUGAUCCGCAACAGAUCAAGGCUAAGGGCUCCGUUAGGAGCGGUCAAUCCCACACUAGCAUUGGUGCCGAGUCCCGUACUCAAGUUUCACGUCAAAAGACCACCGUUUUCAGAGAUGAACCAGCUACUCGUUCAGCUACGAGCAGUGUUUCUUUUGCCCCUGAGGACCGUGCUCGAGCCGGACCACUCUCCAGCAAGUCAUCUAAUAGAACCGUUAAGACGGAGUCUUCGAAGGAAAAGAAAUCAACUAUUAAGGUUAAAGAGACGAGUGUUGCCAUAGAACGACAAGGACGUGUUGAUGUCAUCGAGGAGACCGAAUCGUACGAAACCGAGAACCGAGGGACCGGUUGGGAUGACGAUGACGAUGUUAUCUUUCGCUCUCAUAGAGUUGCCCUCGGUUUCGCAGACAAGCCAUGUCUCACCAAUUUUUUCGCAGAAGAAGAGGAAGAGCAAGAGGAUGAAUAUGAUGAAGAAAAGCCAGUCUAUAACCCGAUGAGGCAACUUAUUAAGUCGGACGGCAAGUUGGUGUGCUUUCCUGCUAGCGGCUGGAGUUCUCAUGAGAAAGACACCCGACCUUUUGGUUUUAACAUUAAAGAGGAUAAGGAGUCUCAGGAGUAUAUUGCACUCGUUGAGAACUAUCUCUUCCAGGAACUUGAGGAAGAGUAUUUGACGAAGGCUCGAAAGAAUGGAGAAGGUGACCGUAACAGAGUCUACCCUCGUUAUACUGCUGCCACCGAUUUAGAGGUCGUUCAAGGCGUUAAUGCUUUUGCCAAGAACCCUAGUUGCCUCAACAUGAAGGAAUUCAAAAGCCCCAACUUCGCCCAGGAGUAUACCCCCGAUAUUGUCAGGCAUAUGUGGGCUGUCGAUACUAAGCUCCAACCGGAUCCUCAUUACAUGGACACUCAGCCGUAUCUGGGUUGGCACAUGCGAGGUAUUUUGGUUGACUGGUUGAUCGAAGUUCACGACCGAUUCCAGAUGAGCAUUGACUCGAUGUUCAACACCGUCAACAUUAUUGACCGUUUCCUUUCCGUCAAGGUUGUCCCCGUGCACCAAUUGCAAUUGGUUGGCCUCGCUGCGUUAUUGGUCGCCGCUAAGUACGACGAAAUCACGCCUCCCGGGAUCGACAUGCUGGUCUAUAUGGCAGACCACGCAUACACCGGUCGGGAAAUACGCAGCUGCGAGUACGAGAUCUUGGUCGCCUUGGAGUGGAAGAUUUCUGCGCCAGGCCCGACGACCUUUCUCAAUUGUCUGUCUCCGGCAGACGCUUGGGAUGCGGACGUCAGGGACCUGGCGCAGUACUUCCUGGAGGCUGCGCUGACCGAGCUGCGCUUCGUUGGGACUCCGUGGUCGUUCAUUGCAGCGGCCUCUUACUAUCUGUCCAUGAUUAUUCUGGACACCGGGCGUGGGGAGUGGUCCCCAGCUCAUAUUUAUCUCAGCGGGCAUUGCGCAUCCCAGCUGGCACCAGGGGUUCAAGUCCUCAUCGAGAUGAUGGACACCCCAGAAGAACACCAUAAGGCGGUGUUCACCAAAUACAACAGGAGGAACUACCGCAGGAUUGCGGGGUUCGUUGAACGAUGGAUGGUGGCGCAGUUCGCCCAUUCCGAAGAGCCCGCCGAGGGAAAGGGGGCUGCAUAUGCUGAGGGGAGGGAGCGGGAGCGGGAGGUCCUGAUCCAGAGGGGGCUGACUUCUUCGUCCUCUGCCUGCGGUCCCGAUGGGGAUCUGACGGCGGAGGAAGAGGAGGAGAUUGGGAGGGGGCUCGAGGAGCUCGACGACGAAGAGAGCGGCGUAUCCACCACCAUGGGGGAGGUGGAUGGGCCGGUUGAUGUGGCCACCUCGGGGCCGGCGAUGCUCGCCGAGGACAUGGGGCCAAAGCUUGCUCACCAUGACGCUGCUUGCGAAUGUGGCUACUCUGUGAAUUCAACCUCGGACCCCGAAUAUGCCGUCUUCACGGAUUUGCUCGAGUCAGACUUCACCAAGAUCAAAAACUUCCAAGAUGACACCGAUUGGCAGCCACAAGUCUGGGAACUGGAUCCCAAAAAAGCUCUAGGUCCAUACGGCCGAGCAACCCGUCUCGAAGCCAUCGUCCCGAAUCCAGCUGUCAACAUUAGUAUCAAUUCUAAGGGAAUAUACGGAGGACACGCUGGAUUGAAUCUCCUGGUUCCGAAGAAUUACACCGUCAUUGGGGGCGAGAAGUACCUCAUCGGCGCCGAAUUAGAUUCUGCAAGGAACGACAUGUUUUACGGGACGUUUAGGAUCGGGUAUCGGACCACGAAGUGGGCGGGUACAUGUUUUGGAUUCUAUUGGUACCACGACGAUAACCAAGAAAUCGACAUCGAACUCCUCUCCCGCGAGAUAAACAUGACACACACCCUCCUAAACCUCGUCUUACACACAAAAGUCGGUGGCAGCAAUCUAAAAGCCUUACCCGGAACCUUCGAAGUGGCCGCAAUCCCCUACAACUCUAGCGCGGAAAUCCACGAACUCCGUUUCGAUUGGACACCUCGGGCUAUUACCUGGUAUCACGACGGUGAACAAGUAUGGACCGUCUCGAAUGAGACUUUGUUCCCGCAGGAAGCAGGGCAUUUGGUUAUUACGCAUUGGUCGAAUGGAGACCCUCUUUGGAGUGGAGGUCCUCCCGAGGGGAAUGCGGCGUUGUUGUUGACUUAUGUUAAGGCUUAUUUUAAUUCUUCGGAUUUUAGAAGAAAGGGGGAUUAUGGAGUUAGAUGUGGGGCUGUAAGUGGUGGUGGUGGUGGUGGUGGUGGUGGUAUUGGGGAAGAUAGUAUUUGUGAGAUUCCUACGCAGGAUGGACCACCGAGGUAUGAUGGCGUUUCUGCUAGGGAUUUACCAUAUUUUUUCAGUAAUGAUCGUUCGCGGAAUGCAACGUUCAAUCAGACGGUUUAUGAAGAUGUGAAGAAGAGUGAAGGGGAGAAAUUGGGUGGUGGUGGUAGCGGGCCUGGAGGUUCCGGAAGCGUUUGGGGACCUGCGGCUCAGUGUUCUGUUGUUCUGUGGAUGGUGUUUUUGGUAUUGAUGCCUAUGGUGGGCGGGAGUAGCUAUGGUGGGAGGUUUGUUUAG